AUGGUGUACCUGCUGCUUCCUCAGCUGAGGACUCUGAAUGGAUGGUGUAUCAUAUGUUUUUCUCUGUGUUCUGCUGUGGCCAGUUUUGCACAUUCAGCAGUUUUACGUGGAGGAUGGGGUAAAACUGCUUGUCACCUUUUCCCGUACAAAUCGUCGCAACCGUUCUCGUGGGACACGUACCUCAAGGAGACGAAGUCUGUUGCGGCGCCAGCGCGCGCUUUCAAGACGCGGCCACCGACCAGUUUCAGGGUGGGCAUGCGCCUGGAGGCGGUCGACAGACGUGCGCCCCACCUGUUGCGUGUGGCGAGUGUGGGCGCAGUCAGGGCGCAUCAGAUCAGGUUGACCUUUGACGGAUUCCCGGAUGAAUUCGGGUAUUGGGUGGACGAUGAUUCGCCCGAUAUACAUCCGGUGGGAUGGGCCAGUAAGACUGGGCAUCCGUUGGAGCCGCCUCCUAGUGCGACCAGCGACGAAACGAUCAGUUGUCCAACGGUAGGCUGCCGCGGUGACGGCCACUCCAAGGCGGGCACCAUGCUCACCCGCCACGAGUUUGUCGCGCACUGUCCCUACACCCCCGCCAACCUGAAUCGGCCCACCCUGCUCGCCGAUCGCUUCAACAUAUCCAAGAACGACAUUUUCGAGGUGCCAGAGAUCACUUCCAAGCCGAAAAGUUCUAGAGAAUCGAGGGAAUCAAGCGUAACCACUGAUGGCAACAAAGGCAGCUAUGACGGUGACAGUGGAGAUGAGAACAACGGUAGAAGGAGUGUGACAUCCAACGAAGAUGAUUCCAGGUCUAGAACUCGUCAUUCCAAUCACUCGAAUGAAAGUAAAAAAGGGAAGAAAAGGAAACUGGAAAAAGCAGAAGACGAUCCGUCGACUGCCGGCGGACAACUGAAGAAGCUCCGCCAAGAGCUGAUCGAAUCCGUUCUGAGACCCGGCUACCAGGUGGGCGGCGUUGGUGGAAUGGUGGUGGGUGAGGAGCAGAGCGCCUAUUGGUCGAGGCAUUCGUCCUUGGUGAAGGUGACAGCUGAGGUGCGCGACAAUCCUGCGCAGUGGACGGCCAAACAGGUUGCGGCGUUUCUCAGCACAGUUCAUCCGGGCAAGAGCAAGGUGUUUGUCGAUCAGGAAAUUGAUGGAGAGGCCCUACUCAUGCUCUCGCAGUCUGAUUUGACGUCACUCCUGGGGUUCAAGUUGGGUCCAGCCAUCAAAAUUUACAACGUCAUUACCAUUUUGAGACAAAAAGUAUUCUAAGACACAAAAAUGACAUUGAAUUUUUAAAUUGUGAUAAACCGUGUUUAUGAGUCUAUGAAAUAUUGCCUACCUCUCGAAGGUAAUUAUAUUUAUUAUUUAUAGAUGUAAUAUUCAAAAAAGCUGUACAGUAAAUGUAAAAAAUGUAAAUUUGUUAAUAAGAAUCAGUUUUGUAAUAUAUUUCAUUUAUUUUUUCUACUUCAUAAUGUUAUCAUUAUAUAUAUUUUGUAUUUUUCACCAGUUGAACUUUGAAAGUGCUUUCACUUCGAGAAGUGCUUUUUGUAGUGGUGCUGUUCAACUUGAUGUAUUACUGACAAAAAUUGUUAGUCAGUAAUUAAUAAUAAUUAUUUUGUUGAAGUAAGAUUUAUUUUAUUGUUACACAAGUACAAAUCAUACAAUAAUGUGUUUUCUCGUUCAUCUACACUGGUUUGAAAAAUAUUCCACUACGGUACUUUCAAAAAUUGGUAUGAUUUACCUUGCUAAAUAUAUUAUUUACAUUAUAUUAUAUCUGAUUAUCUUAUUUAUUUACUGUUUCGAAUAAACAUCAACCCUUGUUACACGAAAUAUUUUAAUGAUCAAGUCUCAAUAGAUUAAUGUUGAUUUGUUAUUCAACUGGUUCUAUUCAUUAGAAUUAUUAUUUUAUUUCCAAAGAAAUGGAUAUCAACGGCAAUAAAGAAAUGCUCCACAAAUGGCAUUUGAUAAAAAAUA